AUGCGUCUCCGCGACUACGUCCUGCUCGCCGAGCUCGACCUCGACGACACCAACACUGACGCCACCCAGGACAGAAGGCCGGGCGACGACGGCUUCCCUCAGGUCUGGUUCGCGGAAAUGCCGUCUGUCAGCGCCGAGGGCGUCGAGACAGGGGCAAAGGUGAUCCGAUACCGGCAGGGCGUCGUCAUCGAGUUCGUGGCGAUGGGCCCGCACUCCCAGAUGCCCAACACACCUCUCCGCUCGCUCUACCAUUUCGACUGGAACCACGCCCUCACGACGGUGAUCGCCACCGUCGUCUUCUUCCAGCUUCUCUCGCUCCUCAUGGACGCUGUCGCCUUCUACUUGCUCCCCAACGGCAUCUCGACCACGUUUGCGCAGCUCGGCCUCCGUGCGGCAAUCGCAGUCGACUGGUACUACAAGUUGGACAAGUCGCAGAACGGCAUGAUCACCGUCGCAGACAUCGUCUCGGAGAAGGCGCUCAUGCUGGCGCGCACGAUCCUGCGCAAGAGCAAGAAGAGCGACCGACUGCUCGACUUCAAGGAGUUCAUGGACAUCCUCGAGGGCGGCGACUCGCUCAACUUCCAGCACUUCCUCGACGUUGUUCACACCACGGGCAAGAUCGAUAAGCUCGACCAGGAGGACGUGGCAGAGGCGCAAGCGGCGUUUCGCAGGUCGGCCGAGGAAGGGUCGGCAGAGGCGCCUCGCAGGUCGGCUAGCGGCGUUUCGCAGGCGGCAGACGCAGCGUUGGUGCAAGCGAGGCCGGCGACGGGGUCGGCAGAGGAGGCGAGGGCCCGCCCGCCGCCCAGCCGCUAG